AUGCGAAAUAAACUGAACGCCACCGCGUGUGCGGCCCUUUUGGCUGAAGUGAACUUUGGCGAUUCGCAACUGUUGCUGUCGCUGUCAGUGUUGGCGAUGAUCAACGUUAUGGUGAUCGUGGGCAAUUGUUUGGUGAUAGCGGCGGUGUAUUGUUCGUCGAAAUUACGAUCGGUCACGAAUUUUUUCAUCGUGUCCUUGGCAGUGGCGGACUUGAUGGUGGGUGUGGCAGUGUUGCCGUUCUCAGCUACUUGGGAGGUUUUCAAGGUGUGGAUAUUCGGCGACGUGUGGUGCCAAGUGUGGCUGGCCGUGGACGUGUGGAUGUGCACCGCUUCGAUCCUCAACCUGUGCGCCAUCUCGUUGGACCGAUAUGUGGCCGUCACCAGGCCGAUCACCUAUCCCAGCAUCAUGUCGCACAAAAGGGCCAAGGCGCUCAUCGCCGGCCUCUGGAUACUCAGCUUCGUCGUGUGCUUCCCGCCCCUGGUCGGCUGGAGGGACGCCAAGCCAACCCGGGAAAAUAUUUCCAAUACGAGCCAGCCCUGGGAGGCUGAAGAAGAGAAUCCGCACUGCCCAUGGAAAUGCGAGUUGACUAACGAGGCUGGAUACGUGGUCUAUUCGGCGCUCGGCUCCUUCUACAUCCCCAUGUUCGUGAUGCUUUUCUUCUAUUGGAGGAUAUACAGGGCGGCCGUCAGAACCACCAAGGCCAUCAACCAAGGCUUUCGGACCACCAAAGGCUCUCGAGGCAUCGGUCGCUUCGACGAACAGCGCCUCACCUUGCGCAUCCACCGCGGCAAGGGCUCGUCGGGCAGAAGGGCGGGCGGCAGCGGGCCGUUCGUGGGCGGCUCCCCCCACAGCAACGGCAGCAACAGCACCACCACGACCAGCGCCAGCGCCAGUCCUUCUCCCUCCGCCUCGAGAGCGAGGCACGAGAAGGUCAGGAUCAGCGUCAGCCAUCCAUCCAGCGAGAAUCUGUCGUCCAACAUGACGGCUGCCCAUUUGCUGGGGAUAAGUCCGACCUCCCCUAUCGCCACCCCACACCACCACUCCUACCCCUCGUACGCCGUCGUCCGCUACUCGAGCAACGGGGGCGGCGUGGAAACGACCGCCGUCCGGCCGCCGCCGUUCCACGACGAGACGCGCCUGCGCGUGCAGCGCCUCGGCUCGUCGCGCCGCGCCUCGGCUGCCCGUCGGUCGAGCAGCUGCGACAGCGCCACCUACGAGCGAGCUGGCGAGGAGGCCCGCAAGAAGAUCGCCUCGACGAGGAAGAUGGGCAGGAGGAAUAUCAAGGCGCAGGUGAAGAGGUUCAGAAUGGAGACGAAAGCUGCCAAAACUUUAGCCAUCAUAGUUGGCGGAUUUAUAUUUUGCUGGCUGCCCUUUUUCACCAUGUACUUGGUACGAGCAUUCUGUCCUAACUGUAUCCACCCAUUAGUAUUCUCGAUCCUCUUCUGGUUGGGAUAUUGCAACAGUGCCAUCAAUCCUCUGAUAUACGCACUUUUCUCCAAAGACUUCAGGUUCGCCUUCAAAAAGAUAAUCUGCAAGUGCUUCUGCACCGGGGGCGGCCAAAAAGACUCUCGUCGCGGCUCGGAGGGCUCGCAGCUGCAGGGCAGGCAGCUGCGAUUGCCCAGCUUCAAUCUGCAAACGCCCCUCCAUCACGACCACUCUGCGGAUGGUGGGGAGGAGGAGGAGGUGGAGGUGGAGGAGGAGGAAGAGGAGGAGGAGGGCACCGAACCUUCGGACAGCGUGGGCAGGUGA